UGCUAAAUGGACCGGCAAUUGCCCCAAUGCAUGCUGGUCUUCCGAAACUGCUUCCGAAAACACUUGCAGCAUUUUGGGUUGGCUAAGGUAUCCCAGUCCGGAGAAAGUAAUGAUUUUAAAAGUUAAAAUGCUUUGUAUACACAUAUAAUAUUCGUAGUCAGGCGAUAAAAUGAGUUUAUGAAGAGUUGCUCUUUUCCAUUCGCUGUGUAAAUACACAUCUUAGCACGAGAGCUACAUGUUUAUCUUACUGUGUUUGCUCGCCCAGAUGUAAUUUUGCCCCUAUGCAUGUUAGUUUGGAGAUAUAAUCUGUAAAGCCGGAGGAACUUAUUCCAAAUUAAACCAAAUCGUUAACUGUUAAAGCCACUUGGAGCCACAUAGGACUGUCUGGAUCCACCUGGAGGGCGCGUCGCUGUUAUAGACUAUGUGAUCCUAAGUCCUAGAAAAGGCUUUUUAACAGCGUCCUGACCUUGUUCAGGUAAAAUGGAGGCCUGUGUGAGAUUUUUAUAUCGCGAGGGUCUACGGAUUGUCUCUUCGAAAUGUUGGACUGGUGGAUUAUUGAAGGGCUCGAGAUCACCCCUGAGUCGUGCUCUGUGUGCUCAUCAUUCAGCAUCCGUGUGGACCUGCACACACCGCAGACAUGUUCCUCCAGAGACAGCACGACUCACACACACACCCGGCCACAGCGCCCUUUUCUGUCGUCGCAGUGUUACAGACUCUUCACACACAGCUUUGUCCAGUGUGGCUCCUGUCUUUAUAGUGAUGAAAUUUGAUCCCGAGGGGAAUGUCACCUCGUUUGAGAAAAAGAAAACCGAGAUUUAUCAGGAACUUGGGUUGCAGGCAAGAGACCUGAGAUUCCAACAUCUCACCAGUAUCACAUCACGGAAUAAUGCAAUCAUCAUUCGCAUGGAUUCUCUUAAAGCAGUGGUAACUCCAGAAUGCUUGUUGGUGUUGGAUUUUCGUGGACUUGGUUUGGAGAAGUGGCUGGUUUUGGAGCUGGGGCCCCAGCUAGCAGGUGAUGGUGCUCUGGCCACCUAUUCUCUACCCUUUGAGUUUAGAGCCUUGGAGGCAAUUCUACAGCACAGGAUAAACACCCUCCAGGCAAGGCUGAAUGAGGUUCAACCUCAGAUUUUAGAUUGCCUCGAGUCAUUAGUUGAUCCCAAGCUCCUGUCUGCAGACCGCAGUAAACUGCACAUGCUUCUCCUCAGCAGUAAAAGUCUCUCAGAACUCGAGACUGACAUUAAAGUAUUUAAGGAUAGCCUGCUGAAGAUUCUGGAUGAGGAUGAGCUAAUCGAAGAACUGUGUCUCACCAAAUGGACUGACCCUCGUGUGUUUGAGGAGAGUAGUUUAGGCUUGGAUCAUGCUCACGAGAUGGAGUUACUCCUGGAGAACUAUUUCAUGCAGGCAGAGGAGCUGGGAAACAAAGCUCGAGAGCUGAAGGGGCUUAUUGACGACUCGGAGAGUGUCAUCUUCAUCAACCUGGACAGCCAUCGGAAUGUGAUGAUGCGCCUGAACCUCCAGCUUACCAUGGGAACCUUCUCCCUUUCCUUAUUUGGCCUGAUGGGAGUGGCCUUUGGCAUGAAUCUGAUGUCUUCCUUUGAAGAGGACCCACGUGCAUUCUGGUUAGUGACAGGAGUCAUGUUUCUAGGCAGUGGACUCAUCUGGAGGCGACUGCUUUCUUUCUUGGGACGGCACUUAGAGCCCAGCUCUCCUCCUCCGAUCCCACCUGUUUGGAGGAAAAGCCAACUCAGCACUUUAAAAGGCACAGAUCUAAAACCUGGAGUUAGAUGAUCAUGUGACAGUGGUAUUCCUUCUGUUUUUCUGUGUGAAGAAAAUCUAUUGUAAACUGCUUAUAUUGUGCUUUUAUUUUUUUCCCCCACAAAAAAAGCCACUGAAUUUACACAUUUCCCCCUGUUAUAGGUACCUCUAAAAAGCAUUGAAGACUGAAAGCAGUUUGAUUUUUACCCACUAUGUUUGUAUCCAGCAAUUUUUACAAUUUAACUUUAAAUGGUGGCAUGUUGCUGCUUGGUGUGAUGUUAUGAACACACUGUGCAUACCUCGAUUUGGUUUUAAGCUGUGUUAAUCUUAAUUAGAUUAGCCCUUAAAAAUGUUACUGGUUCCGUAUGCUUUAAAUAACCGACGGCCCAUGCUGAUUGGUGCAUAACUUGGAAAAAUAAAGAGUUUCAAUAUGUUA